GAAAUGCCCAUAACGGGCUUCCGUAGUUAUGAUGCUAUGAACAACUUUCACAUUGUCAAUAUGGACAGUUUAUUUACAGCUUAGAAUAAACGAAUAAUACGUCUUGUUUAUUAACCAGCGGAGAUGAGUGAUAUCCGCCAUGCGUUGCUGCGGCGUGAUCCGCUGAGUGCAGCUAAAGAGGUUCUGUAUCAUCUGGACAUCUCUCUGGGCAGUGCGCUGCAGAGCUCCACAGGUCCCACACCUGGACUGGAGAAGAGCACAGUGGACCUGGUAGAGGAGUUCAUAUUUCAUGUCUAUAAAGACAGAAACAUACAGCCCAAGAGGAUGAGCUGCGUUCAGGAGCUCCAGCUGCUUGAAAUCAUGUGCAGUUAUUUCCAGGAGCAAAGCAAAGAUGCAAUCCGACAGAUCAUUUUCUCCGCCCUCUUCAGUCUCCAAGGCAACAAGGCUGAUGAGAGCCGCAAGGCCAUGCUUGGGAAGCUGGUCUCUAUGGCGAUAGCUGUAUCUCGGGUGACCAUACUAGAAUGUGCAGCCACCUGGCUACAGCGCACACACUCUGCGUGGUGUGUUCGGUUGGCUCAGGUGUUGAUGGAUGAUUACUGCUCACUGGUGCCAUGUGCCAUCUCCACACUGCAGAACAUCUGUUCAGCCAGUCCCCGAUUCUGCUGCCAGCUCAUCACUGCAGUAACAGCCCUCUAUGACUUCUCCUCAGAUGAGCUGACUCCGCCCCCCGCUCUCUUGGAGAUGCUAGUUGGUUGGAUCACAGAGGAUCCCAGACUGCUUCUCCUCACCUUCAUCAACACACCCCUCAAUUCUAGCCUGCCAUUAGGUUGCCUUGAGAUCACACCUCUUUUGGGACUGCUCAGAUGGUGUGUCAAAGCUCCUUUAGCCUAUCAGAGAGCCCGAAAGCCGGCUAUGAGCAAUGGGCAUGGAGAAAGUGACAAAGGGACGGUGAAUGAAGACCUGUAUUCUAAACUGCACCUGAGUGUCCUUCAGGUCUUUCUCAUGCUACAGGUCCACCUGACAGAACAGAAUCUCAUUGGUCGUCUAGCCGUGCUCCCUGUUGAGUCUGUUGCCGCACUGGUGGAGGAAGUCAGUCGUAUAUGUGAGAAACUCACGCCUCUCCCUGCUGCCAGUCAAAUUCAGCUGGCUCUAGAUAGGCUGGCUCAAGCCCUUCAGGUUGCCAUGGCAACUGGAGCUCUUUUGUGUACCAGGGAGGACCUACGGACUUUGUGCUCCAGACUUCCCCACAAUAAUCUGUUACAGCUGGUGAUGUCCGGUCCAGUCGUGCAGCCCCCACCUCACAGCGGACCUUUCCAGCCCAACAUGUACCCCCACAUACACCCCGGCAGACCCUCUCCUCACAGUCCACAUCAGUCCGCCCUGUCCUCUCCACACAGUCCACACCCGGUCCUGUCACCACACCCAGCACUGUCCCCGCAUCGCCCGUUAACACCCCACGCUGCUUUAUCUCCACACGCCUACCAUCCUGCAGCCGUGGCCUUUCCAUACCGGCCCAUUCGUUGACCAGAAAACAACCACAUAGACUUCUUGCUUCCUCUUGGGUAGAGAACAUUUUGUACGAUUUUGGGGUUUGGACAAAAAAAUUUGCAUCAUAUCAUGAACUACGGCAAGAUUUUUUUAUCUUUUAUAUCGGACAACCUUGAAAACUCUGGAAAUGCUCUUGUAGUUUACUAUAAACAGAUAUUCUUUAUAACAUAAGUUUUGGAUUAUCAGGUUGAAUCCUGUUUCCUACACUGGGACUCAUUAUUUAACACUUAUUUGGACUUCACCUGACGCUUGUACAAAUAAAAUCAAAGGCAUUUUUAAAGCUUUCUUUGUGUUUAUUCCAGCUGAAAUGCAGCUGUAUCCUUAAACCACAAUCUUUUACAAACCAUGAAAUAUAUUUUUUGAAAAAACUCAUUUGAGUGUACUAUGAUGUGGAUGAUGGUUUAAGUAGCAAAACAACCACUUUGUAUGUAUUUGUUUAUGAUUUCCCUUGUACCGUUUUGAAAAUGUCAUUUUGGUUACAAAGUUGAUGAUCAGCAACAGUCUUGCAUGUGACAACAAUGAAAAAAUGAGAAGAUUCAACUUUUUAAAAAGUGUGUUACUAAUAAAAUACCUAUAUUUGUA